CCAUUCGGGGGGUACGUAGCCUAGAGGACACGGCGGAGACCUGCACAGAUGGGAAAGGGCCGGCGCGCUGGUUUAAAAGUGCCUCCACAGGCAGAGUGGCCAUGGGAAAGCUGGAGAGUACUCAACCACCGUGGAUGCACUGAACAAGGAACAAAACUGCGACACGGAGAAACACAAGCAGAAAGUCCAGCAACAGCAAAUAAUAUUACCAACUUGUCAUUUGCCACUGACCCUGAAGAACGGUGCACACGAGCCCGAAGGGUAGGCUCAUAAACGGGGCGGUUAAAGAGGUUAGAAACUUACUAAAGAACGCAUCCAAGCAGAAGUCAAGAAGUGUUACCCAUCACUGCAUCCAAGACAACGAAGGGCAAAAGAAAGACCAAAGCAGGCUGAAAAUUGUGCCGACCAUCGCAGAAAGGCGUUCUGCUUUUGCACGAGAUCUCUUUCUGUACGUAGACUAGCCUCGGCACGUAGAAAACCCGACUGACAACAAGUCCCUUCGAACGUUCGAAAAGAAAUGGCCAAAACCGUGUUACUCAGCGUGUUUAUUGCUACGGUUUUGUGCCUAGCGUUUCUGGCCGGGUCAGCUGCCGGUGCCGAAGAACAGGAACAUGCUUUUCAGGGAACGGCAACUGGUCACGGAAGGGCUGCAUCGGAUACUGAGAUGAUGAAUGCGAUCAGAACGAUUCUAUUGCGUUCUCUACGUUCUCCUCGCUACCAUGGUGGUACCAGCCGCAGAUACGAUUAUGUCAAGCGAUUUCCGGAAGUCAACGCCCGGGGCUUCGAGUCAGACAUUUUUGACGAGGGCUUUGGUGAUUUUAGCCCCGUCAGGCGCCGAUAGAGUAAUCAUGCGACCACACAACAGAAAUCCUCGAAGCCUGCGAAAGCGGCAUUGAAUGACAGGGUGGAUGACGGGUGAAUGAUUGAUGAUCAAACGCUAAUAAUACAGUUAUCGCCCGAACGGCAGAGGAUGGAGCGAACAGAAGAUACCAGCUCGUGUAUAUUCACGCCCCAGUGAGAAUCCAGCCUCCGGUCUCCGGGAAAAUAGCACCAAAGGAAAGGCAAAAACAGUUCCUAAAAAAAUACCUCAUCGUAACCUGUUGUGCUGAAAAGUUACGCCAUAGACUUUGCGCGCAGCAAGGAUGCUUUCGCGGCAACACGUCAUAGUGUCUAGUCAACAUGUAUUAACACGACGAACAUAGCUGACGUCGCCAUUGAAACGUGUAAUGGAAAAAGAUCAUUCGUAUAAGCACACGUGAUCGCGUCACACUUUAGACUGAUUUUACACUGAUAUAGAUUUCUAAUCAAAUAGAACGAUGUUACCAUGCAAACAACAGCAGUUCGUGGAUUUCCACCAGACCCCACUAGGUACUGAAUAAUGACAGAAACGUCGUAACGGCAACGAGAGAUCAACGGCAAAAUGAAAAUCAGCCCCACCAGUUAUUAUGAAGUGAAAAUAUCGAUAUCGUAUCUCAGAAACUGAAUCUCCCAAAUUGAUAUCGCAUAACUUACGACACGACACGACACGUUCCCACCGGAACGUUGCGCAUAACUUAAGUGAAUUACACUUACGCCGCGCUCGCAGCGACACACAUGACACGUUUACAUGAAAACAGCAUAUUGAAAAUUAUAACUUAUUCAAAACGACAUAUGUAUAUAUAUAUACAUAUAUUUCUUUGAUGCAACCAAAGAGAGGCGUGAAUAUUUGUUCGACGUUAAUUAUAAGACCCGAAUGAGUGUUGGACUUCGCUGAAUUGAUCACUGCGAAGGUUAGCGAACCAAAAUUAGCUAAGAAAAAUUGAAGCUUGUUAGUGUCGGGAACUAUCCCCCGAUAGAGAACAACAAUCAUAGAAGACCUAUCAAUCAGUCAGCGAGAAUGAAACGAACCCACAUACACAUGUCCCGCAUAACCAACCCCUGAACAUGAACCCCUGAACCCCUGAAUCUCAAAACUGAAAGACUUGCUGGAAGAAACGCCACUAUACAUUAGAUAAGAAAAAAGUGACCGGAUAAGACUAUGUUAGUAAUCCUAUUUUCGAAUAUUAGCCAAAUAAAAAAUAUAUGCAUCGCAGAUUGUGUAUAUAUAUAUA